GAGGACAAAGGCGGCGCGCAGCUUGUGUCGUCCGCCAUUUUGUGUAAAGCAAGGUGGCAACCACGUUCCCUGAGCGACUUCUCCGCUUCUGCCUCGACCGCCCCUUGACUACAGAUAUGUCUCGGGAUCGGUUCCGGAGCCGCGGUGGUGGCGGUGGAGGCUUUCAUCGGCGUGGAGGAGGCGGUGGCCGGGGCGGCCUCCAUGACUUCCGCUCUCCGCCGCCUGGCAUGGGCCUCAACCAGAACCGCGGCCCCAUGGGCCCGGGCCCUGGCGGCCCGAAGCCACCGCUCCCGCCUCCACCUCCGCACCAGCAGCAGCAGCAACCUCCGCCGCAGCAGCCGCCGCCGCAGCAGCCCCCUCCGCACCAGCAGCCGCCGCCACACCAGCCGCCCCAUCAACAGCCCCCGCCUCCGCCGCAGGAAUCCAAGCCCGUCGUCCCCCAAGGCCCCGGCUCUGCGCCCGGAGUGAGCAGUGCGCCUCCACCGGCCGUCUCCGCUCCGCCCGCCAAUCCUCCGACCACCGGCGCCCCGCCAGGCCCGGGUCCUACCCCGACUCCGCCGCCCGCCGUCCCCUCCACUGCCCCCGGACCGCCUGCCCCUUCCACGCCGAGCAGCGGAGUCUCAACAACCCCUCCACAGACCGGUGGCCCUCCGCCACCGCCCGCUGGUAGCGCCGGUCCGGGGCCUAAGCAAGGUCCAGGCCCUGGCGGUCCCAAAGGCGGCAAGAUGCCCGGUGGGCCUAAGCCUGGAGGUGGUCCGGGAAUGGGCGCUCCUGGUGGCCACCCGAAGCCACCACACCGAGGUGGUGGGGAGCCCCGUGGGGGCCGGCAGCACCACGCGCCUUACCACCAGCAGCACCAUCAGGGGCCCCCUCCCGGCGGACCGGGACCUCGCACAGAAGAAAAGAUAUCCGACUCGGAGGGAUUUAAAGCCAACUUGUCUCUAUUGCGGAGGCCUGGAGAAAAAACAUAUACACAGCGCUGUCGGUUGUUUGUGGGGAACCUACCUGCUGAUAUUACAGAGGAUGAAUUCAAAAGACUGUUUGCUAAAUACGGAGAACCCGGAGAAGUUUUUAUCAACAAAGGCAAAGGGUUCGGGUUCAUUAAACUUGAAUCUAGAGCCUUGGCUGAAAUCGCCAAAGCUGAACUCGAUGAUACUCCUAUGAGAGGUAGACAGCUUCGUGUUCGGUUUGCCACACACGCUGCAGCCCUGUCUGUUCGGAAUCUCUCUCCUUAUGUGUCCAAUGAACUUUUGGAAGAGGCCUUUAGCCAGUUUGGUCCAAUUGAAAGGGCCGUUGUAAUUGUGGAUGAUCGUGGAAGAUCUACAGGGAAAGGCAUUGUUGAAUUUGCUUCCAAGCCAGCUGCAAGAAAAGCAUUUGAAAGAUGCAGUGAAGGUGUUUUCUUACUUACAACGACUCCUCGCCCUGUCAUUGUGGAACCACUUGAACAGUUAGAUGAUGAAGAUGGUCUCCCUGAAAAAUUGGCCCAGAAGAAUCCAAUGUAUCAAAAGGAGAGAGAAACACCACCUCGUUUUGCUCAGCAUGGCACAUUUGAGUAUGAAUAUUCUCAACGAUGGAAGUCCUUGGAUGAAAUGGAAAAACAGCAAAGGGAACAAGUUGAAAAAAACAUGAAGGAUGCAAAAGACAAAUUGGAAAGUGAAAUGGAAGAUGCUUACCAUGAACACCAAGCAAAUCUUUUGCGUCAAGAUCUGAUGAGACGCCAGGAAGAAUUAAGGCGCAUGGAGGAACUUCAUAGUCAAGAAAUGCAGAAACGUAAAGAAAUGCAGUUGAGGCAAGAGGAGGAACGACGUAGAAGAGAGGAAGAGAUGAUGAUUCGCCAACGUGAGAUGGAAGAACAAAUGAGACGCCAACGAGAAGAAAGUUACAGCAGGAUGGGCUACAUGGAUCCAAGAGAGAGAGACAUGAGAAUGGGUGGUGGUGGAACAAUGAACAUGGGAGAUCCCUAUGGUUCAGGAGGCCAGAAAUUUCCACCACUAGGUGGUGGUGGUGGCAUAGGUUAUGAAGCUAAUCCUGGAGUUCCACCAGCAACCAUGAGUGGUUCCAUGAUGGGAAGCGACAUGCGUACUGAGCGCUUUGGGCAGGGAGGUGCGGGUCCUGUGGGUGGACAGGGUCCUAGAGGAAUGGGGCCUGGAACUCCAGCAGGAUAUGGUAGAGGGAGAGAAGAGUAUGAAGGGCCAAAUAAAAAACCCCGAUUUUAGAUAUUUAGGCUUUCAUUCCAGUUUGGUUUUGUCUUUUCUUGUUUAGAUACCACUUUAAUUCUUGGCAUUUUAGUAAGAAAGCUACCUUUUUAUGGAUGUUAGCAGUUUAUUGACCUGAUAUUUGUAAAUGGCCUGUUUGGGCAGGUAAAAUUAUGUAACGCAGUGUUUGAAACAGGAGAAAAAUUUUUUUCAUUUACUUUUUUUUUUUUAACUGUAUAAUGUUUCUCAAGUUAAUGGCAGUGUACCUUGUGCCACUGAAUUUCCAAAGUGUACCAUUUUUUUUUUACUGUGCUUCAAAUAAAUAGAAAAAAUAGUUACAAUACUGAUCUUCAACUCUGCUAUUCAUGCUUCUAUGCACAUUAGGCUAGGUAUUUCACUUGGAAAGCAUGAGUGUAUGUAGGCCUUGGAGUGGCAUAUGCCAUUUCUGGGAAAUGUAACUGGAGGCUAAGUAUUGCUUUCUACAAAUGGUGCCCCCCCCUUGUUUAAAAAGCAAUGCAUAUUGAAGUAAUUCGGAUUUGUUUGGCAUUACAGAAAGCAGGCUGGUGCUCAGCAUCUUUAAAUGGUCAUGUUAGAAAAGUUGAACUAUAAGUUUUAAUUCAGGAACAUGUAUUAAGAUUAUGGAAUGGGUGAAAACUACUGGUAGUGAGAGAAAGGGGGUUUGGUGAAACGGAUCCCUAUGAUUCUUUCCUUGAAAGCUUUUGAAAAUGGAAAGAUCAUCAUCUUGUUGCGUUUCCCCUAUUGUUUUGUUUAAAAAAAAAAAAUCCCAAGCCCUACAAAUGGCUUGUACUGAACUUUUGCAUUUGAAUUAAAGAUUGUUAAACAUGGA